GGGAAAACUACAGCUACUAUCAGCCUUUGCAGCUAAUGGCUUGUAGUUUUCCAUGAACUUCCAGAGCACUGGUGAAAACUAUAGUUGUAACAAGGAUAAAAUACAAAAAACAAAGUUGCAAUAAAGGAGGGACAAAGGAAAAGCUUCUCGGGCCUGGGCCCCACACCCCAAAGCAGCGUGCUGACGUUUCCCGUUUGGGUGAGCUGAGGGGUAAAGCUCUCCAGAUUAUGAACCAAUUCGGAGCUUCCACACUCAUCAACCUGUCUAACUUUUCAACUGCCUCCACCAUGUCUGCCUCAGCCACUGUGAAACAAGAGCAAACUGUGGUCAACAGCACUUCUGGAAGCAAAGUACCUGUCACAACACCAGGAGGAGGACGAGCAAGUCCAGAUGCCAACCAGGUAUUAACUAAGAAAAAGCUUCACGAUUUGGUCAGAGAGAUUGAUCCAAAUGAACAGUUAGAUGAGGAUGUGGAGGAGAUGCUGUUGCAGAUAGCAGAUGAUUUCAUUGAGAGCGUGGUGUCUGCAGCUUGCCAGCUAGCCCGACAUCGUAGAUCAAACACAUUGGAAGUUAAAGAUGUUCAGCUUCAUCUAGAACGACAAUGGAACAUGUGGAUCCCAGGGUUCGGAUCAGAAGAGAUUAGGCCCUAUAAGAAGGCAUGCACAACUGAGGCCCAUAAACAGAGAAUGGCCCUCAUUAAGAAGACCCAGAAGAAGUAG